AACCAAAAAAAAAAAAAAAAAAAACUGAAAUAAAAACUUCUAGGCUCCAAAGAGAAGAGGAGGCAGAGAGAGAGAGAGAGAGAGAGAAAGAAGAAGAAGAAGAAGCAAAGCCAUGGUGUCGUACGUGAGUGUGUUGCUGUACGGCGUCGGAGGCCUUGUCGUCGCCGGCAUGGCGCUGCUGGUGGCGCUGCAGGAGCGACUGGUCUACGUGCCGGUCUUACCGGGCCUCACCAAGUCCUACCCUAUAACCCCGGCCCGUCUCCGGCUCACUUACGAGGACGUUUGGCUCCGAUCCCCGGACGGCGUUCGCCUCCACGCCUGGUUCAUCAAGCUCUUCCCCGACUGCCGAGGUCCAACGCUUUUGUUUUUCCAAGAGAAUGCUGGAAAUAUUGCGCAUCGUCUUGAAAUGGUCCGCAUAAUGUUGCAAAAGUUGCAGUGCAACGUGUUUAUGCUCUCAUAUCGAGGUUAUGGAGCAAGUGAGGGAUUUCCUUCUCAACAUGGAAUUACUAAAGAUGCUCAGGCUGCGUUGGAUCAUCUUUCUCAGAGGACUGACAUUGACACAUCUAGAAUAGUUGUCUUUGGAAGGUCGCUUGGGGGUGCAGUUGGAUCUGUGGUUGCUAAAAACAACCCCGAUAAGGUUGCUGCACUGAUUCUUGAAAACACCUUCACAUCCAUUUUGGACAUGGCUGGAGUUUUGCUGCCCUUCCUGAAGUAUUUUAUCGGAGGCAGUGCUUUCAAAGGUCCUAAAAUCCUUAAUUUCCUCGUACGUUCUCCUUGGAGUACAAUCGAUGUCAUUGGUGAGGUUAAGCAGCCGAUCAUAUUUCUCUCUGGUUUGCAAGAUGAGAUGAUUCCCCCGAUCCACAUGCAAAUGCUGUAUGCUAAAGCAGCUGCUCAUAAUAGGCAAUGUUUUUUUGUGGAAUUUCCUGACGGUAUGCAUAUGGAUACUUGGCUCUCUGGUGGUGAUCAUUAUUGGAGAACAAUCAAAGAGUUUCUUAAAAAGCAUGUUCCAGAGGGACAAGAUGAUGAAUCAUCAAAGAAUGAUACCAGUGAGUUUUGUUUGUCUAAGAAUUAAUGGCGAUAGAAAGGAUAUUGAUGAGGCAUUACCACUAUAUCACAUGUGGUGGCUUAGUGAUUGGGUGGAUUUUAGACUUCUCCGAGAAUAUAUCAUUGGCUCCCCGCAGGACUCAACGUUUUUUUUUUACCUUUUUUUGAAGCUGCAGCACUUAAAAGCUCUAUUUGAGGAGUCGCUCUGCCAAGACCCGCCUGCACCACCUGUUCAGGUUUCCCCUGUAAAAGAUUUUUUGUUGUUUACAAAAUUCAGAAGGAUGCAGACGAAUGUGAAUGCCUUGGAUAAUACUAUAUGGCUUCUGACAUACACAGUCGAAACCUAAUCUGCCCCUGCACUAACUAACCCCCAAUUGUAUGAAAUAAGAUCUCUUGCAAAAUAUAUAUGUGGAGUUUAGCACUGGACUUCUUGUUUCUCAGUUAUUGUGGUGCUCUAGGACAAUGCUCUAAAAUGGUUAGUUUGAGAUUCCAAGUCAUUUAAAGCUCUGUGUAGUCGAUUAGGUUUUACUGCUCGAUAUUACGGUAAGACAUGCAAGUUUCUAGUGUUUUGUGUAUUCAGCAAUGAGAUUAUGUGCUUGUUUAGCCUA